AGGAGGGGAUGCAGUUAUGCACCGAUAGUCCAUCGCUUCUCGGGAGGGGAAGACUGGCGGCUUUGGGACACUGUUUUAUCCGUGAGAUACCUGGUUCGAGGGAUCGAGGGAACGCAAUAAGUGGAAUAUCGGUUUUUGGACUCUGGUGAACGGAAAGCGAGCGACUCCUUUGCUGGUGGGAGUGUUGUGGGAAUCACUGCUGUUGGAGUUUUCCUUUAAACGUGCUCCCAAAACCUCACAGUAAUGGAGUCUGACGAGGAAGUUGAAGAGUAUGAAGAGGAGUAUGAAGAGUAUGAGGAUGAGUAUGUGACAGAGUAUGUUGUGGAGAAGUCGACGAGGACCACAGAGCAAACACCGCAAAUACAAGAAGUAAAACAUGUACAGCACGUACCGCAAAAACAAGAGGUCACCUCAGGUGCACCUCAGGUCACAGAGUAUGUUGUGGAGAAGUCGACGAGGAUCACAGGGCAAACACCCCAAAUACAAGAAGUAAAACACGUACGGCACGUACAGCAAAAACAAGAGGUGACCUCAGGUGCACCUCAGGUCACAGAGUAUGUUGUGGAGAAGUCGACGAGGACCACAGAGCAAACACCGCAAAUACAAGAAGUAAAACAUGUACAGCACGUACAGCAAAAACAAGAAAUACCGCAGGUCACCUCAGGUGCACCUCAGGUCACAGAGCAGUCUGAGUCCAAAGGCUUGCCGGUGAAGAGGGUCCGGAGGAAGAAGGUCAAGGUCGACACCUCCAAGUUUAUGACCCCGUACUUGGCACACAGUCAGAAGAUGCAGGACCUCUUCAGCGACAAUAAGUACCGGCUGGCGUACGAUAGGAGCAGGGGCCAGCCGUACGCCAUCACCAGCGACACCCCCGAGAUGCACAGGAUCAAGAAGGCCCAGGAUCAGCUCAGCGAGGUGAAGUACCGUAUGGAAGGACACAAGUCCCAGACCGCCAGCAACUAUGACGGACAGGCCAAGGACAUCGCCCACGCCAAACACGUCUCUGAUCUGGUCAGCAAGGUUCUGUACCGGCAGAAGUGGGACGAGACCAAAGAUAAGUACCUUCUGCCCCCAGAUGCCCCAGAGCUGGUGCUGGCAGUGAAAAACGCUGCCAACUAUAGCAAGAAACGGUACACAGAGGCCUGGGACGAGGAGAAGCCUCUGUACUGCCCGUACAGCGACAGCCCUGAGCUACGCCGCGUGGCCAAGGCCCAGGAGGUCCUGAGCGACAUCCAGUACAAGAAGGGCCACGAUGAGCGCAUGACCAAGUUCACCUCAUUGGCCGAUCGGCCGGACGUGGAGCUGGCCAAGAAAGCGUUCGCACAGCGCAGCGACCUCAAGUACCAUGAGGAUUAUAACAAGAACGUCAAGGGCAAAUGGUGUGAGACUCCUUACCUGGACAUCGCCGUUGGGAAGAUGGCCAUGAACAACCUCAGUGCUAAGAAGUACACCGCUGACUUUGAGGACAAGAAGGACCGCAUUUGCUUCAUGCACACGGAGACGCCGCAAUACGACAUGGAGAAGAAGGCUGGACAGGCUAACAGUGCGGUAAGCGCUCCAGAUUUUAUAGAAAACACACACACACUCUCACACACCCACACACCACACACACACACACCCCUGUUGGCUCAGUUUUGGGCUGCUGCCACUAUCCUCAGUGAUAAAGUGUACAAGGACAACUAUCAAAAAGCACGAGGACUGAGCAUCAACUACUGUGACACUCCCAAGUUCAAGAUGGACAACGUGAUGAAACAGUUUAGCGAUGUGCAUUAUAAACAGAAGUAUGAAAAUGACGUAAAGGGCCAUUAUGUCGGCAGUUUUGAAGACAUAUACAUGCGUCACUGCCAGAAUGCAGAGGACAUUAAAGGAAAUAAAAAAUAUAAAGCUGAUUAUGAGGAUUUGAAGACACAGUGCUACUUCCCCCAAACGAUAACUCCCGAAUAUGAGGCCAUAAAGAAGCUAGAUCUGUGCAGUGAUAAAGUAUACAAGCAGCAUCCCGAUAAGUUGAAGUUCACUUCAGUAACGGACUCGCCAGUCCAAGUGCAAGCUGCCCUCAACACGAAACAGCUGAGCGACCUGAACUACAAAGCGAAGCAUGAACUAGAGAAGUUUAAAUGCUUCGUGCCCCCUGAUGACCCCUUCUUUAUUCAGUCAAGGAUCAACGCCUACAACCUCAGCAAUAAUUGUUACAAGUAUGACUGGGACAAUAGUAAAGCCAAAAAGUUUCAGAUCAAGUUGGAUUCUAUCCCGAUAAUGGCAGCCCGUGCUCACACCAACAUAGUCAGCGAUGUGAAAUACAAGAAAGAUUUUGAGAAGGCCAAGGGACAAAUGGUUGGAGCCCUCAGUAUUAACGAUGACCCCAAAAUACUGCAUUCGGUCCACGUGGCCAAAAUCCAAAGUGACCGUGAGUACAAGAAAGACUACGAGAAGAUGAAGACCAAGUACCACACCACCCUGGACAUGAUGCCGGUCACCCUGGCCAAGAGGUCCCAGGCGAUCGCCAGCAACGCGGGCUACAAGAAGCUCGUCCACAGCUACCUGAUGCCCUACGACAGUGUGGCCCUGGACCUCGCCAAGAAGGCCAACCUCCUGCAGAGCGAGAAUGAAUACAGAUCCGAGUACAACAACUACACCAAGGGAACUUCCUGGGUGCCCUUCGGUUCGAUGGAGGUCGAAAAUGCCAAAAGAGCCGCUGACAUCCUCAACGAGAAAAAGUACAGGCAGCGCCCAGACAGCAUCCCCUUCACCGCCAUCGAUGACCACCCGGUCAUGCUCCAGGCGAAAGCCAAUCAGAUCCAAAGGAGCGACCUGCACUACAAGAAAGGCCUGGGGGAAAUCCAUCAGAAGUACUCACUGCCACCGGAUGUUCCGGAGUUUGUACAGGCCAAAUGCAACGCCUACAACAUCAGCAAGAACUACUACAAGAUUCCCUUGGAGGAUCUCAUUGCAAAGGGGUACAACCUGACGACUGAUGCUAUUCCCAUAGUUGCUGCUAAGGCUGCCCGACAAGCUGCCAGUGACUAUCAGUACAAGAAGCAGUACGAGAAGGCCAAAGGUCAUCACGUUGGCUUCCGCAGCCUGCAGGACGACCCCUUGCUGGUGCACUACAUGAACGUGGCCAAGAUGCAGAGCGAGAGGAACUACAAGAAGGACUACCACAAGUCCAAGCUGAAGUACCACACCCCCGUGGACAUGCUCAGUGUGGUGCAGGCCAAGAACUCCUCCGCCGUGACCACCGACAUCGGCUACCGGACGUACCUGCACCGCUACACCCUGCUGUCCGACGCGCUGAACCUGGAAAACGCCCGGAACGUCGGCAGCAGCUGCAGCGACGUCAACUACAAAUCGGAGUAUGACAACUACAUCAAGGGCGCAGGCUGGGUCCCCAUCGGCUCCCUCGACAUGGAGAAGGUCAAAAUGGCCGGGAACGCUCUGAAUGAGAAGAGAUACAGGCAGCACCCCGACACUCUGAAGUUCACCAGCAUCACGGAUUCGCCGGUCAUGGUUCAGGCCAAAGUGAACGCCUUGCAGCUAAGUGAUAGAGAAUACAAAGCCAGUGGAGAGAAAUUCAAGCACACCUAUCACCUGCCUCCGGAUUCCCCGCAGCUGGUGCUGGCCAAAUACAACGCUAUCAAUAUCAGUCCGAAUUAUUACACGUAUGCCCAUAAGCAAGAUCUCCUCAAAGGUCACCAGAUGAAAGAAGAUGCUAUUCCUAUCACUGCAGCCAAGGCCUCCAGAGAUAUUGCCAGCAAUUACAAGUACAAGCUGGCCUACGAGAAGGCGAAGGGCCAUCAUGUCGGCUUCCGCAAUCUCCAUGACGACCCCUUGCUGGUGCACUACAUGGACGUGGCCAAGAUGCAGAGCGAGAGGAACUACAAGAAGGACUACCACAAGUCCAAGCUGAAGUACCACACCCCCGUGGACAUGCUCAGUGUGGUGCAGGCCAAGCAGGCCUCUGCCGUGACCACCGACAUCGGCUACCGAAAGUACCUGCACCGCUACACCCUCCUGCCCGACGCAGUGAACCUGCAACAGGCCCGAGCCGUGAUGGAACUCCAGAGCGAUAAUGCCUACAAGGCGGACUAUAACACCGCACUCAAGGGCAUCGGCUGGAUCUCCAUUGGCUCCUUGGACCAGGAGAAAGCCAAGGCAGCUAAGCAUGCCCUGGAUGAGAAAUCCUAUCGCCAGCACCCCAGCACCCUCAAGUUCACCAGCCCCAUGGACUCUAUGAACAUGACCCUAGCCACGAGCAACACCAAGCAGCUUGACGACGCGGCGUACAGAGCUUCCGGGGAGCAGUACAAGCACAGCUACACCCUGCCCGUGGACUACCCCGAGUUCAUCCAGGCCAAGUUUAACGCCACGACCAUGAGUGAAGCUCAUUACAAGCACAAGUGGCUGGAGGACCUUGCCAAAGGGUACGACCUGAAGCUGGACGCUAUUCCCAUCGUGACUGCGAAGCUGGGGAGACACAUUGCCAGCGAUAUCCAGUACAAGAAAGACUACGAGAAGGCCAGAGGCCAUCACCUGGGUUUUCGCAAUCUCCAUGACGACCCCUUGCUGGUGCACUACAUGGACGUGGCCAAGAUGCAGAGCGAGAGGAACUACAAGAAGGACUACCACAAGUCCAAGCUGAAGUACCACACCCCCGUGGACAUGCUCAGUGUGGUGCAGGCCAAGCAGGCCUCUGCCGUGACCACCGACAUCGGCUACAGGCAGCCGCUACAUCGCUACACCCUGCUGCCCGACGCCAUGCCUCUGCAUCUGGCUCGCACGGUUAACGCCAACAUUAGCGACAAUGAGUACAAGAACGAGUACAACAACUACAUGAAAGGAUUAAGCUGGGUACCUAUAGGCUCCCUGGCAGUGGAGACUGCGAAGGUUGGCAGCGAGAUUCAGAGUGAGAAGAAGUACCGCACUCACCCCUCCAAGUUCGAGUUCAAAAAGCUGAUGGACUCCAUGGACAUGGUUCUGGCCACCACCAACAACCAGAUCAUAAACCGGAAAGCCUACACAGAAGCUUGGAAUAAGGACAAGCUCAACGUUCACAUCAUGCCCGACAGUCCUGAGAUCAUUAUGGCAAAGGUGAACCAGCUCAACAUGAGCCAGAAACUUUACAAAGCCGGUAUCGAAGACAUGGCAAAGAAAGGAUACGACCUGAACACAGAUGCCAUAUCAAUCAAAACAGCAAAAGCCUCCAGAGAUAUCGCCAGUGAUUACAAGUACAAGCUGGCCUUUGAAAAGGCCAAAGGCCAUCACGUUGGCCUCCGCAAUCUCCAUGACGACCCCUUGCUGGUGCACUACAUGAACGUGGCCAAGAUGCAGAGCGAGAGGAACUACAAGAAGGACUACCACCUGGCCAAGCUGAAGUACCACACCCCCGUGGACAUGCUCAGUGUGGUCCAGGCCAAGCAGGCCUCCGCCGUGACCACCGACAUCGGCUACCGGACGUACCUGCACCGAUACACCCUCCUGCCCGACGCCAUGCCUCUGGAUUUAGCUCGCAAUGUGAAAGCCAGCGUUAGCGAGAAUGAGUACAAGAACGAGUACAACAACUACAUGAAAGGAUUAAGCUGGGUACCUAUAGGCUCCCUGGCAGUGGAGACUGCAAAGGUUGGCAGCGAGAUUCAGAGUGAGAAGAAGUACCGCACUCACCCCUCCAAGUUUGAGUUCAAAAAGCUGAUGGACUCCAUGGACAUGGUUCUCGCCACCACCAACAAUCAGAUCAUGAAUCAGAAAGCCUACACAGAUGCCUGGAAUAAGGACAAGCUCAACGUCCACAUCAUGCCCGACAGUCCUGAGAUCAUUAUGGCAAAGGUGAACCAGAUCAACAUGAGCCAGAAAAUCUAUAAAGCUGGCCUUGAAGAAAUGAGGGACAAAGGUUAUAACCUCCCGCUCGACGCUAUCCCAGUCCAGGCAGCAAAGGCCUCUGCAAACAUUGCCAGUGAUUACAAGUACAAACUGGCUUAUGAGAAAGAUAAGGGCCAUCACCUGGGUAUUCGCAAUCUCCAUGACGACCCCUUGCUGGUGCACUACAUGAACGUGGCCAAGAUGCAGAGCGAGAGGAACUACAAGAAGGACUACCACCUAUCCAAGCUGAAGUACCACACCCCCGUAGACAUGCUCAGUGUGGUGCAGGCCAAGCAGGCCUCGGCUGCGACCACCAACACUGGCUACCGGCAGCACAUCUCACAUUACACAGUUCUGCCCGAUGCCAUGAAUCUGCAACUGGCACGCAACAUGCAAAGCAUCAUUAGCGAUAAUGCCUACAAAAGUGAUUAUAACACCUACAUGAAAGGAGUAGGGUGGAUCCCCAUUGGUUCUUUGGAUGUUGAGAAAGCAAAGACAGCAACCACGAUUGGCUGCGAGAAACUGUAUCGCCAGCCUCCCAGCAAUUUGAAAUUCACCAAAGACAUGACCUCCAUGGACAUGGUCUUAGCCACUACAAAUGCUCAGGUCAUGGACAAGCAUGCAUACACUGAUGCCUGGGAGAAAGAUAAGACCAAGAUCCACAUUAUGCCUGACUCCAUGGAUGUAGCUCUGGCACGGCAUAACAUGGCCAACUACAGUGAGAAACUGUACCGACUUGCUAAUGAAGAAGACAAAAAGAAGGGCUAUGACCUGCCUUCUGAUGCCAUCGCUCUCAAGUCAGCCAAGGCAUCCAGGGACAUCGCCAGUGAUUACAAGUACAAAGUGGGGUAUCGCGAGCAAGUCGGACAUCAUAUUGGAUACCGUUGUGUCCAAGACGACCCCUUGAUGGUGAUGGCCGUGCAUGCAGCUAAGAUCGCCAGUGAUGCCCUGUACAAGAAGGACUUCCACAAGUCCAAGACUAAGUUCAACCUUCCAGUGGACAUGAUGGCCUUUGAAUUGGCCAAGAAGAACCAGAUUCAAGUCAACGACUUCAACUACAGGACUCGCCUGCACAACUGGACCUGCCUGCCCGACUCUAGUGAUGUCUCCCACGCCAGGCAGGUCUAUGACCUACAGAGUGAUGUCGUGUACAAGUCGGACCUGAAGUGGCUUCAGGGUCUUGGCUGGGUCCCCAUUGGCUCCCUCGAUGUUGAGAAAGUCAAAAAGGCAGGAGAGGCCCUGAAUGAGAGGAAAUAUCGCCAACAGCCCUGGAACUUCAAACACACCAGCACAAUGGAAGACAUGCCAAUGGUUCUAGCCAAAGCCAAUGCUCUAGCUAACAACAAGCGUCUGUACACUGAAGCUUGGGAAAAUGAGAAGACUAAUAUACACAUCAUGCCUGAUGCCAUGGACGUAGCUCUGGCUCGACAUAACAAGGCAAACUACAGUGAGAAAUUAUACCGACUUGCUAAUGAAGAGGCUAAGAAGAAGGGCUAUGACCUGCCUUCUGAUGCCAUCGCUCUCAAGUCAGCCAAGGCAUCCAGGGACAUCGCCAGUGAUUACAAGUACCAUGAAGGGUAUCGCAAGCAAGUUGGACAUCAUAUUGGAGCCCGAAGCAUUCAAGAUGACCCCUUGCUCAUGCUGGCCUUAAAUUCAGCUAAGAUCGCCAGUGAUGCCCUGUACAAGAAGGACUUCCACAAGUCCAAGACUACGUUCAACCUCCCAGUGGACAUGAUGGCCUUUGAAUUGGCCAAGAAGAACCAGAUUCAAGUCAACGACUUCAACUACAGGACUCACCUGCACAACUGGACCUGCUUGCCCGACUCCAAUGACGUUGUCCACGCCAGGCAGGUCUAUAACCUCCAGAGUGAUGUCGUGUACAAGUCGGACCUGAAGUGGCUUCAGGGUCUUGGCUGGGUCCCCAUUGGCUCCCUUGAUGUUGAGAAAGUCAAAAAGGCAGGAGAGGCCCUGAAUGAGAGGAAAUAUCGCCAACAGCCCUGGAACUUCAAACACACCAGCACAAUGGAAGACAUGCCAAUGGUUCUAGCCAAAGCCAAUGCUCUAGCUAACAACAAGCGUCUGUACACUGAAGCUUGGGAAAAUGAGAAGCCUAAUAUACACAUCAUGCCUGAUGCCAUGGACGUAGCUCUGGCUCGACAUAACAAGGCAAACUACAGUGAGAAAUUGUACAGACUUGCUAAUGAAGAGGCUAAGAAGAAGGGCUACGACCUGCCUUCUGAUGCCAUCGCUCUCAAGUCAGCCAAGGCAUCCAGGGACAUCGCCAGUGAUUACAAGUACAAAGUGGGGUAUCGCGAGCAAGUCGGACAUCAUAUUGGAUACCGUUGUGUCCAAGACGACCCCUUGAUGGUGAUGGCCGUGCAUGCAGCCAAGAUCGCCAGUGAUGCUCUGUACAAGAAGGACUUCAACAUGUCCAAGACUAAAUACAACCUUCCAGUGGACAUGCUGUCCAUCGAGUUGGCUAAGAAGUGCCAGAUCCAAGUCAACGACUUCAACUACAGGACACACCUGCACAACUGGACCUGCCUGCCCGACUCCAACGACGUUGUCCAGGCCAGGCAGGUCUAUGACCUUCAGAGUGAUGUCGUGUACAAGUCGGACCUGAAGUGGCUUCAGGGUCUUGGCUGGGUCCCCAUUGGCUCCCUUGAUGUUGAGAAAGUCAAAAAGGCAGGAGAGGCCCUGAAUGAGAGGAAAUAUCGCCAACAGCCCUGGAACUUCAAACACACCAGCACAAUGGAAGACAUGCCAAUGGUUCUAGCCAAAGCCAAUGCUCUAGCUAACAACAAGCGUCUGUACACUGAAGCUUGGGAAAAUGAGAAGGCUAAUAUACACAUCAUGCCUGAUGCCAUGGACGUAGCUCUGGCUCGACAUAACAAGGCAAACUACAGUGAGAAACUAUACAGACUUGCUAAUGAAGAGGCUAAGAAGAAGGGCUAUGACCUGCCUUCUGAUGCCAUCGCUCUCAAGUCAGCCAAGGCAUCCAGGGACAUCGCCAGUGAUUACAAGUACCAUGAAGGAUACCGCAAGCAACUCGGUCAUCACAUUGGAUUCCGUUGCAUCGAAGACGACCCCAUGAUGGUGAGGGCUUUGAAUACAGCCAAGAUUGCCAGCGAACUUGUGUACAAGAAGGACUUCCACAAGUCCAAGACUAAAUACAACCUUCCAGUGGACAUGCUGACCAUCGAGCUGGCUAAGAAGUGCCAGAUCCAAGUCAACGACUUCAACUACAGGACACACCUGCACAACUGGACCUGCUUGCCCGACUCCAACGACGUUGUUCACGCCAGGCAGGUCUAUGACCUACAGAGUGAUGCUGUAUACAAGGCAGACCUGAAGUGGCUUCAGGGUAUUGGCUGGGUCCCCAUUGGCUCUCUUGAUGUUGAGAAAGCCAAAAAAGCUGGAGAUAUCCUGAGUGACAGGAAGUAUCGCCAGCACCCGAGCACAAUCCCCUUCUACAGCUCCACAGACUCCUUGGAAAUGGUGCUGGCACAGACCAAUGCUUUGGUCAUGAACAAGCGGUUGUACACUGAGGCGUGGGACAAGGACAAGAGAACGAUCCACAUCAUGCCUGACACCCCUGAGAUACUGCUGUCACAGCAGAACACGCUCAACACCAGCUCGAAGUACUAUCGACAAGGCUAUGAAGCAGACCUAAAGAAGGGCUAUCUUCUACCCAAGGAUGCCAUCUCGAUCGUGAGUGCCAAGGCUUCAAGGAACAUCGCCAGCGACUACAAGUACCAUGAAGGGUACCACAAGCAAGUCGGACAUCAUAUUGGAUACCGUUGUGUCGAAGACGACCCCUUGAUGGUGAUGGCCGUGCAUGCAGCCAAGAUCGCCAGUGAUGCUCUGUACAAGAAGGACUUCAACAUGUCCAAGACUAAAUACAACCUUCCAGUGGACAUGCUGUCCAUCGAGUUGGCUAAGAAGUGCCAGAUCCAAGUCAACGACUUCAACUACAGGACUCACCUGCACAGCUGGACCUGCCUGCCUGACUCCAAUGAUGUUGUCCACGCCAAGCAGGUCUAUGACCUACAGAGUGAUAAUGUGUACAAAUCGGACAUGGAGUUCAUGAGGGGACUUGCGUGGAUCCCAAUCGGCUCUCUGGACGUAAUGAAGGCAAAGAAAGCAGGGGACAUCCUGAAUGAACGGCUUUACCGCCAGAAGCCAGAUGCCCUUACGUACACAAUAGACAUGACGGCAAUCCCCAUGGUCCUGGCGAAGGAUAAUGCUGUCACAAUGAACAAGCGCCUGUACAAUGAAGCUUGGGAUCAAGAUAAGACCAAUAUCCACUUGACUCCAGACAUGCCAGAGUUUCUUCUUGCAAAGGCCAACGCUCUGAACGUGAACAAGAAAUUGUACAGACAAGGCUAUGAGGAAACUAUCAGCAAGGGCUAUGAUCUGAGACCAGACUGCAUAGCUAUCAAAGCGGCAAAGGCUUCCAGAGACAUCGCCAGCGACUACAAGUACCAUGAAGGAUACCGUAAACAACUCGGUCAUCACAUUGGAUUCCGUUGCAUCGAAGACGACCCCAUGAUGGUGAGGGCUUUGAAUACAGCCAAGAUUGCCAGCGAACUUGUGUACAAGAAGGACUUCCACAAGUCCAAGACUAAAUACAACCUUCCAGUGGACAUGCUGUCCAUUGAGUUGGCUAAGAAGUGCCAGAUCCAAGUCAACGACUUCAACUACAGGACACACCUGCACAACUGGACCUGCUUGCCCGACUCCAACGACGUUGUCCAUGCAAGACAGGUCUAUGACCUACAGAGUGAUGCUGUAUACAAGGCAGACCUGAAGUGGCUUCAGGGUAUUGGCUGGGUCCCCAUUGGCUCUCUUGAUGUUGAGAAAGCCAAAAAAGCUGGAGAUAUCCUGAGCGACAGGAAGUAUCGCCAGCACCCAAGCGCAUUCCCCUUCUACAGCUCCACAGACUCCUUGGAAAUGGUGCUGGCACAGACCAAUGCUGUGGUCAUGAACAAGAGAGCUUACAUUGAGGCCUGGGAAAAUGACAAGGUCAACAUCCACAUGAUGCCGGACACGCCUGCGAUUGUCCUCGCUCAGCAGAACAAACUCAACACGAGUGCGAAAUACUACAGACAGGACUAUGAAGAUAGUCUGAAGAAGGGAUAUCUCUUGCCUAAGGAUGCCAUCGCGAUCACAUCAGCUAAGGCCUCCAGAGAUAUCAUCAGCGAUUACAAGUACAAGACAGGAUACCGCCACCAACUCGGCCACCACAUUGGGGCUCGCUGCGUCGAGGAUGACCCCGUGAUGAUAAUGGCCAGGAAUGCUGUCCAGAUCUCCAGUGAUGUUGUGUACAAGAAGGACUUCCACAAGUCCAAGACUAAAUUCCACCUUCCAGUGGACAUGCUGUCCAUCGAGCUGGCUAAGAAGUGCCAGAUCCAAGUCAACGACUUCAACUACAGGACUCGCCUGCACAACUGGACCUGCCUGCCCGACUCUAAUGACGUUGUCCAGGCCAGGAAAAUCUAUGAUCUCCGCAGCGACGCGGUGUACAAGGCCGACCUCGAGUGGCUCCGAGGGUGUGGCUGGUUGCCCCAGGGGUCCCUGGAUGUGACCAAGGCCAAGCGCGCCCAGGACAUACUCAACGACAGGCUUUACCGCCAGCCCCCCAGCAUGAUCCAGUUCACCAGCAUCGCUGACCUGCCCAGCAUCCAACUGGCCAAGCAGAACGCCGAUCUGAUCAGUGAUAUGAAGUACAAAGAGGUUUGGGAAAGAGAGAAGACUUCCAUCCAUCUGUCACCUGACAUGCCUUCCAUGGAGCUGUCCAGAGCCAACGCCAUUAACGUUAGCAAUAAAUUGUACACAAAAGACUGGGACGCUCAGAAGGCCAUGGAAUGCCACAUCAAUUCAGAUGCCAUUUCUGUCCAGAGUGCUAAAGCCACAAGGAACAUCAUUAGCGAUUACAAGUACCAUGAAGGAUACCGUAAACAACUCGGUCAUCACAUUGGAUUCCGUUGCAUCGAAGACGACCCCAUGAUGGUGAGAGCUUUGAAUACAGCCAAGAUUGCCAGCGAACUUGUGUACAAGAAGGACUUCCACAAGUCCAAGACUAAAUACAACCUUCCAGUGGACAUGCUGUCCAUUGAGUUGGCUAAGAAGUGCCAGAUCCAAGUCAACGACUUCAACUACAGGACACGCCUGCACAACUGGACCUGCCUGCCCGACUCCAACGACGUUGUCCACGCCAGGAAAGUGUAUGAUCUUCGCAGCGAUGCUGUAUACAAGUCAGACCUGGAGUGGCUGAAGGGGAUUGGUUGGAUGCCGCAUGAGUCCUUGGAGGUGCUAAAAGUGAAGAACGCUCAGAAGAUCCUGGCAGACAGAGGCUACCGUGUAAAACUGGAUGACCUGAGUUUCUCAGCGCCGGUGGACAGAAUGGACUUUGUCUGUGCCAAGAACGCUGCUGACAUUCUGAACGAGGCCAAGUAUCGUGAAGCCUGGCACACGGACAAGACCAAGUACACCCUGGUGGACACUCCGCAGAUGGCCGCUGCCCGGGAGGCCGCCAAGAACAUCAACCAGCACCUUUACAUCCAGGAGUGGGAGAAGACGAAGGCCUCGGGCUACCACCUGCCCGUAGAUGCCGUGCCACUCAAGCACAGUGCCCUGAGUGCCCAAAUCCAGAGUGAUUACAAGUACCAUGAAGGCUACCGCAAGCAAGUCGGACAUCAUAUUGGAUACCGUUGUGUCGAAGACGACCCCUUGAUGGUGAUGGCCGUGAAUGCAGCCAAGAUCGCCAGUGAUGCUCUGUACAAGAAGGACUUCAACAUGUCCAAGACUAAAUACAACCUUCCAGUGGACAUGCUGGCCUUCGAGUUGGCCAAGAAGUGCCAGAUCCAAGUCAACGAUAACAACUACCGAACCCGUCUGCAUGAGUGGACCUGUCUCCCAGACCAGAACGAUGUGAUCCAAGCCAAGAAGGCCUAUGACCUUCAGAGUGAUUACGUGUACAAAGCAGAUUUGGAGUGGCUUCGCGGAUGCGGGUGGGUGGCACUGGACUCAGUGGAUCACAUAAAAGUGAAGAAAGCGCAGGAGAUCCUGAACGAUAGGCUUUACACCAAAGACGCGAAGGAGAACUUUGAAAGGUUUACUCACAUUGUGGAUCGUCCCGAGAUCAUCCAAGCCAAGAUCAACACCUUCCACCUCAGUGAUCUGAGGUACAAGGAGUCCUUCAACAUGGAGAAAGGAAAGUACAUCGGGUCAGUGGACACGCCCCAGAUGGCUCACUGUCGAGAGGUGUCCAAGAUCAUCAGCGAGAAACUAUACAAGUCCAGCUGGGACACCAGCAAGGCCACAGGAUACCAGCUGGAUAAUGACUACGUCCCAUUGGUUGAAGCGAAGCGCAACAAGGUGAUCACCAGUGAGGUGAAAUACAAGGGCGCCCACGAGAAGGCGAAGGGCCACUACAUGGCCGGGACCACUGUGGACUUCCCCGAGGUCGUCCACGCUGCCGGCAUCGAGAAGAUGAAGAGUCUGAGAACUUACCGGAAGGCGUAUGAAGACACAAAAACCAAGCUCCACAUCCCCUAUGACAUGGUGCACCACGUGGUGGCCAAGCGCUGCCAGGACAUCCUCAGCGACAUUCUCUACCGCACCUACCUGCACGAGUGGACCUGCCAUCCCGACCAGAACGAUGCCAUCCAUGCCCGCAAGGCCAACGAAAUCUUAAGCGAUGUGUUCUACAAAGAUGAUCUCAACUGGAUAAAAGGCACGGGCUGCUACAACUGGGACACGCCGGAGAUGAUCCGAGCCAAGAACGCCUAUGAACUGCAGAGUGAACUCAAAUACAGAGCGGAGGCAAAGAAGGGAUUCGACAUCUUCUCCAUGGUUACAGACACCCCAGUAUACGUGACCGCUGUCCUGGGCCACACCUGGGCCAGUGAUCUUAACUACCGGGAGGCCUACCACCGGGAAAAGCACAAAUACACCACCGUACUGGACAAUUUCGACUAUGUACGGUGCCAUCACCUGAAAAGUAUCUACAGCAAUAAAUUGUACAAAGAUGUGUGGGAGAAGCUUAAGGCCACCGGCUACAGCUUACCGCUGGACUCCCAAGACAUGACUCACGCCAAACGCCAGAAGGUCCUCUUGAGUAAGGUGAAGUACCGUGAGGAUUACGAGAAGUUCAAGUCGCUCUACUGCUUGCCCAAGUGCUUGGAGGACGACCCUGGGACCGCCAGGUGCAUUCGAGUUGGGAAGCUCUGCCUGGACCGCUUGUACAGGGAGGCCUACGAGAAGUCCAAAGCCCGGAUACACAUACCACCCGACAUGCAGGAGAUGGUGUCCGCACGCAACACCCAGAAGAUGAUCAGCGACGUCGACUACCGCAAGUAUCUGCACCAGUGGAUCUGCCUGCCGGACAUGCAGGUCUACACCCAGGCCCGCAAGGUCAACGAGCAGCUCAGCGAUGUCUUCUACAAGGAUGACCUCAACUGGCUGAAGGGGGUUGGCUGCUUGGUGUGGGACACACCUGAGAUUCUGCGGUGCAAGCAUUCCUAUAAUCUACAGAGCCAGAACCACUACAAAGCCAAAGCACUGGAGCGCUUGAACGAAUUUACCGAAGUGUUGGACACUCCUCUCUACAGGACGUGCAAGGACAGUUCCGUUAGCAACAGUGAACUCAGGUAUCGCAGCGAUUACAUCGCCAACGUCAAGGGCAUGACCAGCUCCCCCGCCGUUACCUUAGAUACGGAGAGAGCGCGCCGCGGAAACUACAUACAGAGCGAUAACAUUUACAAAGAGGCCAGCAAGAACUUCAUGCCCACUGGCUACAAGAUUCCUCUGGACACUCCAUACAACAAACAGGCCAAGAGCAACAGCUUCAUCUUCAGCAAUGUGAAGUACAAGGAAGCAUAUGACCACACGAAGGCGAAGGACUACACCCUUGACCACAGAAGCGUAAACUUUGUCAACAUUAAGAAAACGAACCAGGUCACCAACGAGCGGCUCUACCGCCAACUCUACCAGAAAAUGAAGGACAAGAUCCACACCACCUACGACACCCCCGAGAUCCGGCAGGUCAAGGCCACCCAGAAAGCUGUCAGCGAUCUGCGCUACAAAGAGAAGUACUUCAGUAACAGGGGGAACCUGAUCUCCAUGCCCAUCACCCCGGAACUGAUGCACUGCUACCAUGUCAACCACAUCACCAGCGAUGUGAAAUAUAAGGAGGACCUACAGUGGCUGAGGGGACUUGGCUGCUUCCUGUACGACACACCUGAGAUGAUCCGAAUUCGCAACCUCAACAAUUUCCGGAUGAACUAUGAAGUCGACGCGAAGAAGACGCGCAGCCAGUAUGCCGUGGUUCUGCAGACGCCCGAGUACAAACGAGUGUCCGAGCUCAAAGUCCACCUGAGUAACCUGGUGUACAAGGCCAAAGGCAACGAGGAGAAGACAAAGUUCAACUGCAAGCCGGACUGCCUGGACAUUCGCAGGGCUAAGUGGGCUCAGCAACUCACCAACAAGUACCUGUACACAGACCUGGCCGCUAAGGAGAGGUGCUUCUUCACUCAGACCACGGACAGCCCCAUUCUGCACCACUUCCGGAACAUGAAGGUGGUGCACAGUGAGAAAAAAUACAGGGACCAGUACGAGAAGCUGAAGCACAAGCACACCUCCAUCGCCGACACGCCCAUCGCCAUCCGAGCCAAGAAGGCCUACCUCAACGCCAGCGAUCUGCGCUACAAGGAGACAUUUGAGUUGGCCAAGGGACACUACCACACCGUGAAGGAUGCGCUGGACAUUGUCUACCACCGCAAGGUCACUGAUGACAUCAGCCAGGUUAAGUACAAAGAGAAGUACGUCGGCUCCGUGGGCCAGUGGAGAUCCAUUCCCGACCGGCCAGAGCUCUUCCACCACAGGGUUGUGGGUCACAACGCCAGCACUGUGAAGUACAAGGAGGACCUUGAGUGGCAGAAGGGCAUUGGCUGCUAUGUAUGGGACACGCCUUUAAUGGUGCUGGCGGAGAACAACAGGAACCUGUACAGCCAGAGGCUGUACAAAGUGUCUUCCGAGAAGAACAGAGACAACUUCAAAUACACCAGUGACGCCCCGUUCUUCCGGGUGGCCAAGCACGCCUCCACUCUCCUGGAUUAUAACAGGUAUAAGUUCCGGGCCAAGGAGCUUCUGAAGAGCGGCUGCAAUGAGCUGCUGAGGCCGGACUUCCUCAGCGCCAUGUAUAACUCUAACAUGUGGAGUAAGUGGAAGUACAAGGAGAAGUAUGAGAAGAACAAGGACAAGUACACCACCGUCCUGGAGACCCCGCAGCACUUCAUGCACAAGCGCAACAAGCAGAUCAGCGACGUCACUUAUAAGAUGGAGUACCACAUGAAUAAAGACAAGGCGUACACCCUGGGCCACGACACCCCGAUCCAGCUGCACAUGAAGAAGGUCAAGGAUUUCCCCAGCCUGAUGAAGUACAGGCAGAUGUACGAGAGGAACAAAGCUCACAUCAACAUCGCCCCCGACUCCCACUCCAUCCGAGCCGCACGGGAGGCCUACAGGAACAUCACCAACCUGGAUUACAAGAAGAAGUACGAGGCCACCAAGUUCAAGUGGAUGUGGACCGUCGACCGGCCCGACUUCCUGCACGCGGCUAAGACCAGCUACCAACAGAGCGAUGUGGAGUACAAGUAUGACAGAGAGUUUCUGAAGGGCUGCAAGAUGUCCGUGGUGGAUGACAAGCUCGCAGUCCUGGCCAAGAAGACAGGCGAGAUGUACAGUGAUGUCAAAUACAGGGAGAGAUAUCAGAAGGCGAAGGGGUCCUACAUGGUGGUGCCAGACACUCCUCAGAUCCUCCACGCUAAGUCAGUCCGCACGCUCAGCUCAGAGACUAAAUACAAGGAGGCCAGCAAGAAGCAGCACCAGUCGGGCUCGUUCACCACCCUUCCCCAGACACGCGACACCACCCACAGCAAACAGAUCACCAAGCUCGUGAGCGAGAAUCAGUACAAGAAGAACUUCAAGGAGGAGAGGGGCAAGGCCAAAUACAACCAGAUGGUGGCUCCUCCGGAUGUGCAGCAUGCGGUGGACGUGGCUAAAGCCCAGAGCAAUGUUGCCUACAAGGCGGACGGUAAAGCCAAGCGCAACUACACCCCCGUGGCUGACCGUCCCGACAUCCGGAAGGCCACCCAGGCCGCCAAACUCAUCAGCGAUAUCGGCUACCGAAACAAGGCGCGGGAGGAGGCCAGCAAAGGGGGGUCUUUGGUCCACCGCCCCGACAUCGCCCUGGCAACGAAAGUGUCCAAGCUGAACAGCCAGCUGCAGUACAAGCAGAAGUUCACCAAGGAAAUGAAGGGAAUGAGGCCGCAGUUUGAUCCGAAGGAGAGCCAGGUGUACCAAACUCAGAAGGACGCCACCAACUUUGCCAGCGAGGUGAAAUAUAAAGGGGAUCUGAAGAAGAUGCACAAGCCAGUGACGGACAUGUCCGAGUCCCUGGCCAUGCAGCACGGACUGAACACCAGCAAACUGGCCAGUGACUACCAGUACAAGAAGAAAUUUGAGGCGAGUAAGGGUCACUACCUUAUGAUCCCAGACACACCUGAACAGAUCCAUCACAAGGAGGCCUCGGAACUGCAGAGCCAUGUGAAGUAUAAGGAAAAGUACGAGAAGGAGAGGGGCAAGCCUAUGCUGGACUUUGAGACGCCCACGUACGUGUCAGCCAAGGAGGCCCAGCAAAUGCAGAGCCAGAAGGAAUAUAAGAAGGACUUUGAGGACUCGAUGAAAGGCCGAAACCUCUCGGGGCUGGAGGUCACCCCCGCCAUGCUGCACGUCAGACACGCCACCAAAAUCGGCAGCGAGAAAGAGUACCGGAGGGAUCUAGAGGAAGGGGUGAAAGGUAAAGGGUUAACAGUGCUGGAGGAUACUCCGGAUCUUUUGAGAGCAAAGAACGCCACUCACAUCCUGAACGAGAAAGAGUACAAGAAGGGACUGGAGAUGGACAUCAAGGGGAAGGGCAUGACGGUGGCCACAGACACCCCGGACUUCACAAGGGCCAAGAACGCCACGGACAUCCUGAGCGGGACGAAGUACAAGCAGACGGCUGAGCAGGACCGGGCAAACUACACGUCGGUGGUCGACACCCCCGACAUCCUCCACGCCAAGGAGAUGAAGACCAUGAUCAGCCAGAUAAAGUAUAAGGAGGACGCAGGGAAGUGCUUGUCACAUUACGAACUGGUUCUGGAGACUCCAGAGAUGCAGAGGGUCCGGGAGAACCAGAAGAACUUCAGCACCCUUCAGUACCAGUCUGACGUAAAAAACACAAAAGGGAAAGUGUGCGCUGUACAGGAAACUCCCGAAAUCCUGCGUGUUAAAGAGAAUCAAAAGAAUUUCAGCUCGAUUUUGUACAAAGAGAAUCUGGGAGUUGGGACGGCGAUAGCGGAGAUGCCAGAGAUGGAGAGAGCUAAACGAAACCAGCAGGCCAUCAGCACGAUUAAAUACAAGGAUUCUGUGGGGCAAGGCACAGCCAUUUCGGAUCUACCAGAAGUUAAGAGAGUCCGGGAGACCCAGAAGAACAUCAGCUCGAUUUCGUACAAAGAGAAUCUGGGAGGUGGGACGGCGAUGGCGGAGACCCCAGAGAUGGAGAGAGUUAAACGAAACCAGCAGGCCAUCAGCACGAUUAAGUACAAGGAAACUGUGGGCCAAGGGACCGCCAUUUCGGAUCUGCCAGAGGUGAAGCGGGUCCGGGAGACCCAGAAGCACAUCAGCUCGGUGUUGUAUAAGGACACCGCCGGCAAGGGAACGCCCGUCGUGUACACUCCAGAGAUGGAGAGAGUCAAGCGCAACCAGGAACACAUUAGCUCGGUGCUGUACUCCGACAGCUUCCGCAAACAGGUGCAGGGCAAGGCCGCGUUCGUCCUGGACACCCCCGAAAUGAGGCGCGUUCGGGAGAGUCAACGGCACAUCUCUGGGGUGAAGUACCAUGAGGAAUUUGAGAGGAACAAGGGCUGCUUCACGCCCGUGGUGUCGGACCCAGUGACCGAGCGCGUGAAGAAGAACACGCAGGACUUCAGCGACAUCACUUACCGCGGAAUCCAGAGACGCGUGGUGGAGAUGGAGAGGAAAAGGCCGAUGGACCAUGACCAGGAGACCAUCACCGGCCUGCGUGUGUGGCGCACAAACCCAGGCUCAGUCUUCGACUACGACCCCGCAGAGGACAACAUCCAGUCCAGGAGCCUGCACUUGAUGUCAGUCCAAGCCCAGCGCCGGAACAAGGAGCAUUCCCGCUCCACUAGCGUCAUGAGCGCCGGGGACGAGAAGUCCGAGGUCUCGGAGAACGUCGACCACCACCUGUCAGUCUACAGCAACGGCUUCGGCUCCUCCUCCGUAGGCUACCAACAGGCCAAGACGGUGGAGUUACAGCAGAGGUCUUCUUCUGUGGUCACCCAGCAGACUAACGUGUCCUCCGUGCCCUCCCAUCCCUCCACCACUGGGAAAUCUGUGCGUGCCAUGUACGACUACACCGCCACGGACAACGACGAGGUGUCCUUCAAGGACGGUGACGUCAUCGUGAACGUGCAGUCGAUCGACGAGGGCUGGAUGUACGGCACCGUGCAGCGUACCGGCAAGACGGGCAUGCUGCCAGCCAAUUACGUGGAGGCCGUCUAGCCAUGUCCCGCCCCCUUUUGCAGCAAGUGUGAAAUUCAUUGGCGGUUAGGUUUCGUAGACAUUUAGUGUGUAGCGCUUUGUGUUAUUUCUAGUGUUCGCACUGCAUUACCGAUAGAGGAGAAAUUCAUGCUGCUAACUAUGACCAUUAAUUUAUGAGAUGUCAAUCCCAAACAUAGCACUGAUAACCUAAAAAAUGACCUAAAUAAAAUCUUUGGAGCCAAUUUUUGAAAAUCUAUCAACUGUCAAAAGACCAGAUGGGGGUGGGGAAGUGACUAACUGUAUUUGAAAUGCACACACUUUUCCCUUUGCUGAUUUCAACAUGAAACUGAAAAAGUUUCCAGACUCUGAACCUAUGCACUUAUAAGGUACGGGCUGAAUGGCUGAACACUGACCUUUCUAUUUUUCUGAAAGAACAUUAGGUUUGAUGCUACUGAGCUGAGAUGGCUAAAAAGGGUAACAGACAUUAACCAAAGAGGUAAAAAAAAAUCACAAAUCAAGGAAAUGCCACCCCCACCCCAAAGACUGUAAAGUUUAAAUAAAAAGAGCCUCCUCACUCCCUUGCUGGACUGUAGAGCAUGCAUGUUCCUUUUCGUCUGAAUAAUGAAGCUCUGUAGGUCUGGGCGGGGGUUGAGGAAGAUGUAUACCUUAAAGUAGUAAUAAAGCACAAUUAAGUUCCCGCUCUA